AUGUUGAUACCAUCCAUCGAGUACGUCGGUUCAAGGACUCCAAGCCUGGACCCAACCAAACAACAAAAAAUGACGGUGGCGCGGAUACCUCGCAACAUUUCAGAAUAUUUCGACCCCAGUUUUAUAGUAUUUCGAAAGGACCGAGACCCGAUGGUGAGUGGCCUGGCCCGUGGAGGAGGGGUUGCGGUGGCGGUCCGGGGCGCGAUGCGACCCGAGCUGCGGCCUGAGCUAGCGGCGCCGCCGCCGGCCGACGAGCUGUGGGUGAGCAUACCUACCGGACCGGCGCACGCGCCCGCUCCCGCGUCAUGUCCCCCUUCUCGCGACGACAGUUACAUAGAUGCUUAUAAUGCACUCAACGACUUCUACAAUAAGAAACGACAGAUAGUUUUUAGUUAUUAUGAGAAAAUGUUGUUGUGUGAGCAAGUCAAGUCGAAGUCUGCAGUGGAAUUGGAAAAAAUUCUCGUGCCGGAAGAAGACACGGAUUAUCAGCGGAUUUUGUGGCGUUCCUCGAGUGACGGCCCGGUUAAAGACUAUAGAUUGCGCACAGUUACUUAUGGGGUAAAGUCGGCUCCGUACCAAGCUUUGCGGACUAUAGCGCAGUUGGCUAAGGAGACUGAAACCGUCUAUCCUGAAGGUGCACGCGUGCUAGGUAGAGAUAUUUAUGUCGAUGACAUUGUCACGGGCGCUGACUCUAUUGAGCAAGCUUUACAAAUCAGAUCAGACCUCUCCAAAAUUUUGUCGUCGGGUGGGUUCCAUUUGAGAAAAUGGACCUCCAAUCAAAAGGGAUUUAUCGCUGAUCUUCCCUCCUCGGAGUUAUAUUCAAGUGAAUUCAAACACUUUGACGAAAUCUCUGAUUUGUCGCUUAAAAUAUUAGGUUUGUCGUGGCGUCCUCAGACAGAUUCAUUCCAGUUUGAGGUAGCGACACCCACUGAUCAAAGAUGCACCAAGCGCAUUAUCUUGUCGAACAUCGCACGCAUCUAUGAUCCGUUAGGAUUCCUCUGUCCUGUCGCUUUCCAUGCGAAAUACUUAAUGCAGGUCCUGUGGUCAUCCGGGGUCCAGUGGGACGAUGAUGUACCUGAAGCAGUUGCCUUAGAGUGGAAGAGACUCAGAUCUCAAUUGUCGUUGUUGAAAUCCGUAGUCAUUCCUCGUCGCAUCAUCCACUCUUUUGUUUCGUUACAAUUGCAUGGAUAUUGUGAUGCCUCAGAACGAGGCUACGCCGCUGUCGUUUACUGUCGUGUUGUUACUGCAGAGGGCUCUAUAUUUGUAGAGUUCUGCUGUGCAAAAUCGAAGGUUGCGCCCUUGCGUAAACAAUCUAUUUGUCGUCUGGAGCUUCAGGCUGCCGUCCUGCUGGCGGAUCUGAUGCAGUCUGUCCAAGAAGCGUUAGAACCUCUGCAUGUUGUGGAGGAAAUAUGUGCCUGGUCUGACUCUAGCGUAACUUUGGCUUGGAUUAAGUCGUGUCCAUCGCGCUGGAAAACCUUUGUGGCUAACCGAGUUAGCCAUAUACAGGAUAUAAUCGCUCCUGAUCGUUGGCACCAUGUAAGCACCCAUCAUAAUCCUGCUGACGCAGGAUCCAGAGGGUUAUUGCCUGGAGACCUGGUCGAUUGUGAUCUUUGGUGGAAGGGCCCUUCAUGGCUCCUAGAGAAGGAAGAAGAUUGGCCUUGUUCAGCUUUGGACGCUCCAGCCAACGAUGCUAUCGUUGAUGAGCAACGGAUUUGUAGUUUAGUCGCCACCAGCGAACCUGACUUGGUUGAUACACUUCUCAACAGGUUUUCCUCGCUUUUCACAUUAAAGCGUGUGUUAGCCUACUGUUUUCGUUUCUUACGGUCGUCUAAGAACGAGAAGGUUGUCGGAUCUCUACAGUCCUCUGAGACGACAGCAGCUCUCAUGUUUUUAGUAAAACAUGUGCAGCUUACUUCGUUCGGUGUAGAGAUCAAUCACUUGAGAGAGGGUCGUUUAAAUUCAUUGCCAAAAUACUUGCGCAAGCUUUCGUUGUUCAUUGAUAGUGCGGGUAUCGUCAGGGUGGGCGGUCGCGUGGCUAAUUCGCCUAUUAAAUAUUCGGUCAAGCAUCCUAUAUUAUUGCCUCGCUCCCACCGGUUAACAGUCUUAAUAAUUGACGAAUAUCAUAGAAGAUUCUUACACCCAGGUGCCCAAACGUUACAAAAUUUACUUGUGCAAUCCUUUUGGAUUUUAUCGCCCAAGCGAGCAAUCCAGGCAGUGAUUGGUGGCUGCGUCAAAUGCUUCCGCGCCAAUCCCUCCCCGGCGUCUGCGCCGCUUAUGGGAAAUUUACCCUUAUGUCGGGUUUCUCAAAUAAAACCUUUUUCGAGUGUCGCCAUAGAUUAUGGCGGACCUUUCGAUAUCGCCUUCGCACGUGGUCGCGGUGUUAAGACGUUCAAAGGAUAUAUUUGUGUCUUUGUUUGUACCAGCACCAAGGCCAUCCACAUUGAACUUGCUUCAGAGUUGUCGACUGAAGCUUUUCUCUGUGCACUGAAACGUUUUGUCGCUCGUCGCGGUCGGUGUAGCCAUAUUGUCUCUGAUCAAGGUCGAAACUUUGUUGGAGCCAGUAAUCACCUCGGUUCUCUCAUGAAAGGUGCUGCUGAUGCGGAAGAAAUAAAAUUCUCAUUUAAUCCACCGGGAAGUCCCCACUUCAAUGGCUUAGCCGAAGCUGGGAUUCGUUCAGUAAAAACGCAUCUAGCUAGAGUUAUAGGGAACCAGAGGUUAACCUUCGAACAGCUUUAUACCGUGACGACAAUUAUUGAAUCUUUGCUGAACUCUCGUCCUUUGACUCCCCUCAGCUCGGACUCAAAUGACCUCGCCGCGCUCACGCCCGGUCAUUUUCUAACGUUAGAACCUCUGUCGAUCGUCCCUGAGGAAACUCUUGUCGAUCAAAAAAUAAGCCCCUGCCAUCGCUGGAAGCUGAUCCAGAAAAUGCAUCAGGACUUUUGGCGCAGGUGGCAUGCUGAAUACGUUCAUACCUUGCAACAGAGGACAAAAUGGAAUAAAGUGAACACGAAUAUUGUCGUCGGUUCCUUGGUUCUGUUGUUGAAUGAGCAGACAAGUCCCUUAAAAUGGCCGCUUGGCCGCAUUGUGGCUCUACAUCCUGGAGCUGAUGGUGUGUGCAGGGUUGUCACAGUUCAGACAGCUACUGGUCAGUACAGAAGACCCGUCGUCAAGCUGUGCCCACUGCCACUCUCAGAUUAA